GUCACACUGAAUAACAGCUGAUGUGAAAUAAUUCUUUGUUCUCAAUUUGCUUUAUAUUUUUAUGAUGAGUGUGUUGGAGUGGAAAAACGUCGAACUCUUCGAGUUAAGAUCUGUAAAUUCAAGUGGAUUGGAAACAAUAAAAGCCGAUAUUACUGCUCACUGUUGCAAUUUUACCAAAACUAUUAAUAAUACCUUAACAAGCAGCACGACUGUACUUUGUGAUUUGGAUGGAUUUGUACAUGUUAUAUUCGAAAAUGAUAAUCUCAGAACUACAAGCUUUAAAUGCCCUAACAGUCAAAAACCAGUUAAAUUGUGCGCAUUAACGACAAACCAUCUACUUACUCUCAUAACACAAGAUGAUGCAGACAUUUUUUCCUUUCGCAUAGAAGUAUACGAUCUGAAGAAUUUGAUGAAGAAGGAAAAACAUGCAUGUUGUAUUUCAACAGAACUCAUCAGAUCAACGAGUGCGGCAACAUUUCUUCAAGCAGAGUUCAUGGGAGAUCAAAAUCCAAAUGCGAUAUUUGCAAUCGGUAUUGGGUUUGAAAAAGGAGAUCUAUUACUUCAUUUCGGAAAAAUCAGUAGUAAAAUUGUGCUCAACUUUCGAAGACAUAUUAUUGGAACAGGCUCAAUAAAUGGCAUACAAUUUGAGGGAAAUUCUAUGGUAUCAGACAUAAAAACAUACAAUAUGUUUGUAACCUGCCUUGAUGGUAUAUAUUGCCUUGCAUUAAAUGAUAAGGGCUCUGUAGAGUUCAAAAGCGUUUUGGAUACGAACAAGAAUGUUGACAAUCAUUGUUCAACAAUAUCACAACCGAUUGGAUCCGAAUCUUUUCUCGUCGCUGGCCGAGAUGAUGCCAUAUACUGUUUUACUCGCGAUGGAGAUGGUCGAGGACCCUGCUACGCCAUUGGUGGAACGAAGAAGUUUAUUUCUUGGAUAGGACACUAUCUUAUCGUUGUGGUGAAUACUUCUAGCGAUUCCCUCGUAAUUUGCGUCGAUGUAGAAAAUAAGUUAAUUGUGUUUCACCAAAGAAUCAAGAAUUUAAUUUGUGUUGGCAGUGGCAAAGGAAGAAAUUCAUAUUAUAUCAUAACUAAGGCGGAAGCAUUGAACAUAUUCAUGUUGCAAGAGCACAAUACUGCAACUAAAGUUCAACGUCUGCUUGCCAAAAGUAUGUAUGAUAAUACACUUCGAUUACUAGAAAGAUCAGGAAAUGCCAACUCUCGGAAUACGUCGUACGUGCGAUUGAAAUUCGGCAAUAAUUUAUUGAUGAGAGGCGCAGUAAGCUCGGCUGUUGAGGAAUUUGAGCGUACUAUUGGUCUGAUCAAACCAUAUGACAUUAUUUCUAAACUACUAUAUUCCAGACACAACAAUAAUCUUAAUCGAUAUUUACGUAAUUUACUAAAAACUAAUCAUAAUCGGACAGUCGAGCAAAUAAAAUUGCAUGAAAGAUGUUUUCAUCGUGAAUCACUUGGUUUAAGAAUUCAGCAGUUUUGGUCUUCUCGAUCGCACUUUUGUGAUUUUCAGCAACUAUUAGUUCACGACAACCCUUUCUUAAGUCUUGUAAAUGCGCAAAGUAAGUCAGAGAACUUGAUUUCGAUUUUUCAAAACACUGAAGAAAAGGAAAUAUUACAUUUCUUUCAAGAGCAUGGGCGAGAAUUUCUUGCAAUGAAUUCUUCAAUGCUUUUGGAGACUCUUAAAACGUUAGUGCAAAACUGUAAAAUUCAAAAUAUACUUCCGUAUCUAAUAAUUUUUUCCGACCUUGACGAGUUUUGUAUAAACUUAUUAGUUGAUUUUUCGAAAGAACAAAUAAAUAGUGACGAAGGACUACAUUAUUAUAAACUUCUUCAUUAUCUAAGUCUUUGGCGCGAUAAAAAAAUAUCGUCUCAAACAAUUCAUAAGUACUUAAAACAAACGCCACUGAGAUUAAAUAAUACUUUAAUAAUAUGUAAGGCGUUUUUUUUUAAAAUUGAACCUAACAAUCCUAUUAAUGAUGACACAGAUCAAGCAACUAUAACUUGUCUUGAUAAAAAUUUAAAAAAAAGUAAAAGUGUUGCACCUUUGUUGUCCUUUCCUGGCACCAAGGUGUUAUAUUUGAGAAAUUUAAUGGUGAAUAAACUUUUUCAAAAUAGGGAAGAGGCUAAAACUGACCUUGAAUUAAUUGAAGAGCUUCGUGAGACAAUACAAUCAACUCAUAUUCUAUUGUCCCAAUUUACUUCUAAUCCAAUAGAAUUUCGUAAUAGCUGCUGUGAUCAAUGUCGUCAAUCGUUGCAUAUGCCCUCUGUCUAUUUUUUAUGCCAGCAUUCAUUUCACAUGGACUGCAUCCGCUGUAAUUAUGAUACAAAAAAUUGUUUUAUUUGUGACAAAAAUAUUAAAUGCAAUUCAUUUAUAAAUUACGAUAAAAUUGACAGUAUUAUACCCUGCGAUAUAAUUGAAGAAGUUUCCAAUUUGUUUGCAUCAGGAUUAGUUGGUUUAAAAGAUUGUAAAAAUGUUUCUGAUAAAGUUAAUGAUAAAAUAUAUAAUUGCGAUCCAUUUAUUAAUAACUUUAAGAACAAUUAUAAAAACCCAUUUGAAGAAAAUUAUGAUUCAAAUUUUAAUUGUUUUUAAUAAUAAUAAUAAAAU